UGGAGAUCAAUAUCUCGCUACUUAGUGUAGGCAAGGUUAAAUAAGAAAGCGUAAGGGUUGCAUAAGAAGAUAGCCCAGCAUUCAGCAUGAUCCUUUCACCCGAGGAAUGCGGGUGCCCCCUCGUCGAGGAAGGUAUCUCGUCGGUCAACUCCCCGAUCUGCAGCGGCACUCUACUCUUCAUGGUGUUGCUAGAAGGCUUCAUCCGAGGCCGCUGCGAUAUCGCCACUCCAUGCAAGAAUGUCAAAUCUGAAGAUCAUUUGAGAUACUCGUACGACUAUAUCGUGGUUGGUGGUGGGUCGGCUGGAUCUAUAGUGGCCGGCAGACUUAGCCAAGACGGGAAGGAUGAGGUGCUUCUGAUAGAAGCAGGAGGACAGGAGCCUACCACCGCGCGGAUACCCUCGUUCUAUAGGACAUUCUGGUCCAACAAGCAACUUGACUGGAAUUACAGGACAGUGCCUGCCAACUACUGUCUCGACCAGGACGGCAAAGGAUGCUUGUGGCCCAGAGGAAAAGUUUUGGGUGGAUGCAGCGUGCUAAACGGCAUGAUGUACCACCGCGGAAGACCAGCUGAUUAUGACGGUUGGGUGGAAUUUGGCGCUGACGGCUGGUCCUGGGAGGACAAUCUACCUUUCUUCGACAUGACUGAGGGCAACAAGGAGAUCGGGACUCUCGUGAGCGCGCAGUAUCACUCCCGCUCCGGACCUUUGCCAGUACAACGGUUCAACUACCAAAAUCCGGAGGUGUACACGCUGCUGGAGGCCAUCAAAGAGUCCGGGUAUCCAGUCGUCACCGACAUUAACGAUCAAACUACACCAGAAGGCUUCGCAGUAGCACAAGCGUUCAACGCCGAUGGACAACGUUACACAACAGCGAGGGCUUACCUAAAGCCUAAGAGUGUGUACCCCAACCUGAGCGUGAAACUGAACACACACGUCUCCAGAGUCAUCUUCGAAGGCAACCGUGCUGUUGGAGUCGAGUACAUCGAUAAGAAUAAUGAUCGGAAGAUUGUCAGGGCUAAGAAAGAGGUUAUACUGAGUGCUGGAGCACUGAACUCUCCCCACAUACUGCUGCUCUCUGGUAUCGGACCACGCGCUACCCUGGAGAAAUUCAACAUCCCAGUCAUUGCCGAUCUUCCUGUUGGACUUAACCUCAGAAACCACUAUGGCGCCACCUUGUACUUCGUUUUCACAAAAAUGAAGAACACUCAGAUUCUGAACUGGAGUAACUUGGUCUCCUAUUUGAUGUCUAAGGAAGGGCCUAUGUCCUCAACCGGUAUAACUCAGGUAACAGGCUUCCUGUCAUCCAGCCUGGCCAAGAACCCCGACCAGCCCGACAUCCAGUUCUUCUUCAACGGGUUCUACGCGGAGUGCUCGAAGACUGGCGAGAUCGGAGAGGAAGUGGUCCACAACUGCGGGCAACUCGGAUACAACAUUUCAGCCAACGCGGCUAUCCUGUUGCCGGAGAGUAUUGGCUACCUGACACUAAACUCAACUGACCCGCUGGACCCGCCGAUAUUCGAUCCCAAAUACUUCGACCAGCCCAACGAUAUGAUCAUGGCUAAGGAAGGCCUUCUAUAUCUCAAGAGGAUCUAUGAAAGUCCGACAUUCCAAGAGCUGGGCAUCGAGUUAGACGAGGAGUCGAUCAAGCCGUGCGCGGUGGCGGGCGCCGCGUGGUCCGACGACUGGCUGGAGUGCAUGGUGCGCGUGCACGACGCGCAGAACCACCAGCAAGGCACCGCGGCGAUCAGCGCUGUCGUUGACAAUCAUCUCAGGGUGUUUAAUGUUUCAGGUCUACGAGUCAUUGAUGCUUCGGUGAUGCCAACCCAACUGUCCGGUAACCCACAAGGCGCGAUCAUGAUGGUUGCGGAAAGGGGCGCUCACUUCAUUAAGAAUGAAAACAGGGUUGCCAGCCUGUAUGAUUCAAUUUUGAAGAAAGCCAAAAAGGCUUAGUGCCAGUUGUUAAAGAUAUGUUAACGGUUUUAACUGAUGAGCCGUGUUAUUUGCAUUUCAUAAAAGUUAUUGUUUUAA